AAAAAAAAACCUCUGUUAUUUCGUCCCUGUCUCUCUCUCUCUCCUUGGUUGUCUCUGCAUUUGAACAACAGAAAGGGUAUUCGGAUUUCGGAGAGUAAAAGAAGUCAAAAGAUGAGCGUCAUUGAUUUACUAACUCGUGUGGAUGCGAUCUGCAAGAAGUACGAUAAAUACGAUGUCACGCAGAAGGAUUCCGCCAUCUCCGGCGAGGACGCCUUCGCCCGCCUCUAUGCCGCCGUAGAGUCUGACAUCGAGGAAGCGCUCCAGAAAGCGGAAACAGCUGCCAAUGAGAAGAGUAGGGCAUCGGCUGUAGCGAUCAACGCCGAGCUUCGAAGGACCAAGGCCAGGUUGCUCGAAGAAGUUCCAAAAUUGCAGCGAUUAGCUGUUAAGAAGGUUAAAGGACUUUCAACAGAAGAACUAACUGCCCGUAACGAUCUGAUCCAUGUCUUGCCUGAUAGGAUCCAAGCCAUACCGGAUGGGUCUGCAGCACCACCCAAAUCAUCCGGGGGUUGGGGAACAUCAGCUUCAGCUCCUCGUACAGAAAUAAAAUUUGAUUCAGAUGGGAAGUUCGACAAUGAAUACUUUCAGAAUACAGAAGAAUCAAGUCAAUUCAGGCAAGAGUAUGAGAUGCGGAAAAUGAAUCAGGACCAAGGUUUGGAUGUCAUAGCAGAAGGUUUAGGUACACUGAAAAACAUGGCCCAAGAUAUGAAUGAGGAAUUGGAUAGGCAGGUUCCUCUAAUGGAUGAGAUUGACACAAAGGUGGACAAGGCAACAUCUGAUCUGAAAAAUACCAAUGUCAGAUUGAAGCACACUGUGAAUCAGCUAAGGUCUAGUCGAAACUUCUGCAUCGACAUCAUUUUUCUGUGUAUAAUCCUUGGAAUAGCAGCCUAUCUGUACAAUGUCUUGAAGAAAUGAAGGUUCUGCUGCUGCUAUGUGUGCUUGCUUUCAUGAAGGUGCUGAUGUUGGUUUGAAUCAUUUGUCUGCUACUUUUGUGGUCUGCAGCAGUUUCAUGAGCAUGGUAAAAUCUGACAUAGAUGGUGGUGUGUUUAAGGUGGGAAGAUGAGUUUGACAGAUCUUCAGGCAACUAAAACAUAAGACAACUAAGGCUGGUGAGUUUUGUGUGAAUUUAUUAUUGAUUCAUGUUUGUGAUCUUUACUUUAAGCAUGCAUAUCUAUUGUUCUUGCAAUUCAUAUGCAAAAUAUACUUGCAAAUCAAAUCACUCUUAAUGUAAACAUACAAUAACACAUGAAAAUCACAACAAUCCAGAAUACAAGAAGCACGUUCUAAUAUAGACAGUUGAGCGUGCCCGUUUUAAGGUUUUAAGGUUAUCUGCAACUUUGGUGGUUUGAUAAACACACCGAACCUUCCAUCCUUGUUGAGGAUGGAAAUCACACUAGGCAGGGCUAGCUGCUGCGGGGGACUGAGGGUGCAGCAAACUGGGAGCUGGAUGAGUAGCUGAAUCAUCUUGUUGCUUUGAAUAAUUGAAGCUUUAAUUUAUAGUGAUGAAGUGAGUUGGAAGAAGAGAAGCAGUGACUUGAACAGCAGCUCAAGGAUGAAAGAAGAUGAGUGUUGACAAUCUAACAACCAAGGCUGCUGAGUUUCUCCAUUUCUAUUGGGGACUCACUAUGCACCUAAUAUUUUUCUUCUAUUUUAGUAGCUUUUUUUAAAGGGUAAAUGGGAAAAAUACGGUUGAAUUCGGGUCAAUCCUGCAACUUGAAAAAAUGACCAAGUAUAUCAUAACUUUGACAUCAUCUUUAA